AUGAAGGUGUUCACAUCCCAAUGGCAGACUUUGCUUACGGGGUUGUUGUUCAUUCUCUGCUGCACAUUUCUAUUCCUUCUUGUUGGUAGGACUGAAAAGGAGUCUCCUGAGGCUUUCCCCCUGCUGCGUGAACUGUCUAACAACCCCCAGAGAAGCCCAGGUCCUUCAGGGGAUCUUCCGAGUGCCCCAGAAUUUGAAUGGGAAACUGAACCUGAGAAGACCAAAGAGACCAGGCACCUUGGCCUGCAGCCUAUAGCACCAGCAGCAGCCACGCGGCAUCCUUUGGCGGUUGCCUACUCCAACAAUUAUAAAUUUCGUCUCAAUGAGCCAAAGAAGUGUCAGGAGAGGAGCCCUUUCUUGGUCUUGUUGGUGAUAACUCAGCCCCAAGAUGUUGAUGGGAGGAAAGCUAUCCGGCAGACAUGGGGCAGUGAGAGCUCAGUGCCUGGUGUCUCCAUCCUCCGCCUCUUUCUGAUUGGUGUCCACCCACGAUUUGAAUAUCCGCUCCAGUACCUUUUGGAAGAAGAGAGUUCCACCUACAGAGACAUUAUCCAGCAGAACUUCCUGGACACCUACAACAACCUUACCCUGAAAACCUUGAUGGGCAUGGAAUGGGUAAGCAAGUUCUGUCCCAAUGCUACAUAUGUGAUGAAGGCAGACAGUGACAUUUUUCUUAAUGUUGACUACAUGGUGUCCCACCUACUUCAGCCCCACCUUCCCCCCAAGAAAGACUACAUGACCGGGUACAUCUACUUGAACUCAAAGCCAAUACGUAACAAAGCCUACAAAUGGUAUGUGCCAUGGGAGGUGUAUCGCAACGACACCUACCCACCCUAUUGUGCAGGCCCUGGGUAUGUGCUUUCUGGGGAUCUGGCCAAGAAGGUCUACCAGGUGGCUCAGACAAUCAAGGUCAUCAACAUGGAAGAUGCUUUCAUGGGAAUCUGUUUGCAUGAACUGGGUGUUCGUGUGGCAGCGAGUCCCUGGGGUCUCUUUAGCAUGGUGAAAAUCAGCUAUGAGAAGUGCCAAUUCUCCAAGCUCGUGGUUGUGCAUCACUAUGGGCCUGAGGAACUGCUGCGGAUUUGGCCUGGCUUUCAGGAUCGGAACGAAACUUGUCACAAUUAA